AACACCGAAGCGUUCCAAUCGUUGUGGUUCAGAGAGGCUAGAUGUGCCAGAGAAACUAGCUGAGGGGCAUUGAAUGACUUUGUGUCCAACAAGGUAGUAGUACGUUAUUUUAGGGCAAAGGUGAAGCACAGGACUAUAACUAUGGAGGCCCUGAUACCUGUCAUAAAUAAAUUACAGGACGUAUUUAACACGGUCGGCGCGGAUAUCAUACAUUUGCCGCAGAUAGUGGUCGUUGGAACGCAGAGCAGUGGGAAGAGUUCUGUGUUAGAAAGUCUGGUUGGCAGAGACCUCCUUCCUCGCGGGACCGGUAUAGUCACACGCCGGCCCCUCAUCCUCCAGCUGGUUCACAUCGACACAGAAGACCGCAGGAAAACAUUUGAGGAAAAUGAAUCCAAAUCCAGGAAAAAUGGACGCCUUAAUCAAGGCAUUGAUGGAGAUGAAUGGGGCAAAUUCCUUCACACCAAGAAUAAGAUAUAUACAGAUUUUGAGGAAAUCAGACAGGAAAUCGAGGCGGAAACCGAAAGAUUAUCCGGCACAAACAAGGGGGUCAGUGACGAGCCCAUCCACCUCAAAGUCUUCUCCCCUCAUGUCGUGAACCUGACAUUGGUGGACCUCCCUGGGCUGACAAAGGUCCCCGUGGGCGACCAGCCCAACGACAUCGAGCUCCAGAUCCGAGACCUUAUCCUGAAGUACAUCUCCAACCCCAACUCCAUCAUCCUGGCCGUGACGGCCGCCAACACGGACAUGGCUACCUCCGAGGCCCUCAAGGUGGCUCGCGACGUCGACCCUGAAGGGCGGAGGACGCUGGCGGUGGUGACCAAGCUGGACCUGAUGGACGCGGGCACGGACGCCAUGGACGUGUUGAUGGGCAGGGUGAUCCCCGUCAGGCUGGGUCUGAUCGGCGUGGUCAACAGGAGCCAGCUGGACAUCAACAAUAAGAAGCUUGUGGCGGACGCCAUCCGCGACGAGCACGCCUUCCUCCAGAAGAAAUACCCCUCCCUGGCCAACCGGAACGGAACCAAGUACCUGGCUAAGACGUUAAACAGGCUGCUCAUGCACCACAUCAGGGACUGUCUGCCCGAGCUGAAGACCAGGAUCAACGUGCUGGCCGCCCAGUAUCAGUCCAUGCUGAGCGGCUACGGAGAGCCCGUGGACGACAAGAGCUCCACGCUGCUGCAGCUCAUCACCAAGUUCGCCGCCGAGUACUGCCACACCAUCGAGGGCACGGCCAAGUACAUCGAGACCACCGAACUGUGUGGUGGUGCUAGAAUCUGUUACAUCUUCCACGAGACAUUUGGACGAACACUGGAGUCAGUUGACCCUCUGGGGAAUCUGACCACCAUAGAUGUGCUCACGGCUAUCAGAAAUGCAACGGGCCCGCGGCCGGCCCUGUUCGUGCCCGAGGUGUCCUUCGAGCUGCUGGUGAAGCGGCAGGUGAAGCGCCUGGAGGAGCCCAGCCUGCGCUGCGUGGAGCUGGUGCACGAGGAGAUGCAGCGCAUCAUCCAGCACUGCAGUAACUACAGCACGCAGGAGCUGCUGCGGUUCCCCAAACUCCACGACGCCAUCGUGGAGGUGGUCACGUCCCUGCUGAGGAAACGCCUGCCGGUCACCAACGAGAUGGUCCACAACCUGGUGGCCAUUGAGCUAGCCUACAUCAACACCAAGCACCCGGACUUUGCAGACGCCUGUGGCCUGAUGAACAACAACAUAGAGGAACAGCGACGCAACAGGAUGCGGGAACUGCCCUCCUCCGUGCCCCGGGAUAAGUCCCUUAAGGGCCCCGGUGGGCACCCUCUGUCCCCCACGGAGCCCUCUGAGGGGGAGGUCCCCAAGGGGACAGCCGGCGGGCCCCAGGCGGGGGCCGAGCAGGUGGACGGGGGGACGGGGGGCUGGAGGGGCAUGCUGAAGAAGGAGGACGGGAUGCCUGGGGACAAGAACGCCUUCCCCUCCAGCCCCAUGAGGGGCAACGCGGUCAACCUCCUGGACGUCCCCGUGCCCGUCUCCAGGAAACUGUCCGCCCGGGAGCAGCGGGACUGUGAGGUCAUCGAGAGGCUCAUCAAGUCCUACUUCCUCAUCGUCCGGAAAAACAUCCAAGACAGUGUCCCCAAGGCGGUGAUGCACUUCCUGGUGAACCACGUGAAGGACUGCCUGCAGAGUGAGUUGGUGGGGCAGCUGUACAAGUCGGGCCUGCUGGACGACCUGCUCACUGAGUCCGAGGACAUGGCUCAGCGGCGCUUCGAGGCCGCCGACAUGCUCAAGGCGCUGCAGAAGGCCAGCCAGGUGAUAGCCGAGAUCAGAGAAACCCACAUGUGGUGAGGGGUUCU